AUGAAUACCAAAGUGGCACAAAAAUAUGUCCGUCAUCAAGAAACAAUAGAACCAGAUGAAUUUGAAGCAUUGCUUACGAAACUUAUAGAAGUUGAAGAUGAAAAUAAUAGACAAAUAUAA